AUGAAGAUACAACGCCUCUUCAUAUACCCUGUCAAAUCACUCAGACCAGUCGAAGUCGCAACGGCAGAGAUCACAAACGAAGGGCUACGCUUUGAUCGGCAAUACAUUCUGGUCAAGCCACCUACGGACAAACAACCACUCGCCGAGCACAUCACAAUCAAAUGGCGGUUCGAUCUCGGCCUCUUCCACACUGCAAUCGACCGGACAUGGUCAAAGUUGACCAUUACGCACACGCAGGCUCAAGAACAUGAAACACUGGUAGUGCCUCUAUCUCCCUCUCCACUGAGUCUACUGGACGCAAAGACUUUCGAGGUCAGCAUUUUCGGAACGAAAGCGCCUGGUAUCGACAUGGGCGAGGCUGCAUCGGCAUUCUUCAGUCAUCAUCUAGACAUGCCUGUCAAGCUUCUAUACAUUGGUGGCAACGGCCAACGAGAAAUUCCAGGCCGACCAUUCAUGGGACCGAAACAUGCACGCUCUCUUUCGAUUGCUGUUAAUGACAAACUACAGCCGCAGAGGAUCCGAUUUGCGGAUGCAGCACCAUUACUAAUCACAACGACAGCAUCGGAAGAAGAUGCGCGCCGCCGCCUCCCAGCUGCAGCUCGUGGUGAAGACGUGAUUGUCCGCUUUCGACCGAAUAUGCAUGUCGACGUCGGCACGGAGGCGGAAGCGUAUGAUGAGGAUGGGUGGGGUAUGCUUACCAUCCGUUCACAAGUCGACAAGCAACAAGAGGUCUCUGUGCGAUGUCUCUUUCGCACUGUAAGAUGUCUGUCAUUAAACGCGGACUUGGCUAAAGGGGGCAUGAUUGCCACGCCGAAACAGCUUUAUGGUCUGCUAGCGAAGGAUCGCAGGACGAAUGAAUACUUUCCGCAAAAACCAGUGUUCGGCCAGUAUGCCUGUGCCGGCCCCAGCGGUGCUGUGCUCCGGGUUGGAGAUGAAGUUGAGGUCACAGAUCGAGUCAGUCGAGCUAUCACACCUUCAAGUCCCGAAGUACUCAAUGGCACACUGGUGGGGGUUGGCAAGACCUUCCGUAAAAUGCAAGACGAUGUGGGAUUGCAGGAUCUGGACGACACCUCAGGGCCGGGAUGUUGGGUGCUGCUCUAUCUAUGGUCGGGUCAAGGCUUGAACAUCGCCGGCCUGAAAGCCGGUGGUAUGUGA